UAAGAGAGAGGUCUAUGAGUUUGGUGAAGUGCUGUCCCCUCUGUCCCUCCAAGUGCAGCUUCCACUACCGUCUUUUACAACAGGGAAGAAAGUUGGAUUCAGACGGCUCCUAUAAGUCACCAUCUGAAGUGGACUUCACAUAAACUAUUGGAGACAUGGAAGCCACUUCUCCCAUCAAGCUUCUCCCAUUGGCGUUCCUAUCGGUCCUCUUUCUUCUCAGCGCCGGCGACAUUACUCCUCGGAAGGUCGAUGCUCGUGCCCCCGGGUGCAAUGGCUCGAUAGCUGAGUGCAGCGAAGAAGCGGAGUUCCAGAUGGACUCGGAAAUCAACCGGAGACUCCUCGAGCAGAAGAAGUACAUAUCUCCCGGCGCGCUCAAGAGAGACCAGCCCGUCUGCAAGGGGGGAGGGAGCGGCGAUGCCUACUCCAAGAGUGGAGAUUGUCUGCCUUCUCCGUCGAAUCCCGAAACCCGAGGCUGCGCCAAGUACUACCGGUGCAGGUCUGAUUCGUGAUGGUCUGUGAGUUUCUUUGCUGAUUCAUGAUGGUCUGUGAGUUUCUUUGCUAAGUAAAUGAUGGAAACACAAACACUCUUGAUUACUUUUGCAAACGUAUUUCACGAACUGCUAGGAAACGAUCUCCUCAUACUAAGUUUAUUUGGAUUGAUCUACAGUUUCCGAUUUGAUUCCGAUUAUGUUCUGAAGCUCUAGAGUACAACGCCAUCCUCAGUAUGUAGCAUACUAGUCUGUUUCUUCCAAAGGUAACCGUUUCAACCAGAAGUACUUGACAAGGAAGAAGCGUUUCCUUGGAAAAUUGGAGUUCAUAUGGUUGGUUCAACUUAUCACAAACAAGCAAGGGUUGAAAAGAAAAAACACAUUAAUUUGCUAACACAACUUGGAAAAUUCAAAAUAUCUGAAUACUGGCUGAUUUCCACAAGAACAGGGAGACAUUAGAACAAAAAUUUCAGGCGUCACUGAGAUCAUUCGAGGCAAUCGUGGAAUCAACUUGAAACGAAGAAAAUAAGGUAACUAUAGCAAAAUGGGAUGAGAAA